GGGAGCAGAGCCAGUCCAGAACUUGCUCACCGGGUUUCUCCUCCACAGCUCGGUUCAAAGAUGGCGGAGGCACCAGAACUGUUCUCAGAGCAGGAGCUGACCUGCUCCAUCUGCCUGGACUUGUUCACUGACCCGGUUUCUACGCCCUGCGGACACAACUUCUGCCAGGCGUGCAUCGGCGGGUACUGGGCGUCCAGCUCGGUCUGCACCUGUCCUCUGUGUAAGCGGCAGUUUGACGAGCGUCCCCAGCUCAGCAUCAACAAGGUCUUCGCUCUGAUAGCCGAUAAAUUCAAGCAGACGCGUUACGGCGCCACGGGGUUCUCAGCGCCAGUGGGGAACGGCUCGCUGGACGCCAUGGAGGACGGCCGGAGCACCAACCCGUUCCUGUCGCCGCUCCCGGCGCCGGCGGCCCUGGGGGACGUGGUGUGGUGUGACGUCUGCUCCGGGGUGAAGCAGCCGGCCGUCAGCUCCUGCCUCACCUGCACCGCCUCCUACUGCAGUGAACACCUGCAGCCACACUACAACACCGCCUUCUAUGCCAAGCACCCGCUGCUGGACCCCCAGGAGGCCCUUAGGGGCCGCACCUGCUCCACACACCGCCGCCUGAUGGAGGUCUACUGUAAGACAUGUCAGCGCUGCAUCUGCGCCAUCUGCGUCCUGCAGGAUCAUCGCACUCACAAAACCGUCUCCGUCCAGACUGAGAGACUCAGCAAACAGAAACUGGUGGCGAGGACGGAGCAGGAGAUCCUGAACUGCAUCAAAGAGAAGGAGAUCCGUCUGAGCGACCUGAAGAGGAAGCUGGAAUCCGUGCAGAACUACGCAGACAAAGAGCGAGGCGAUGUUGAGCACCUUCUGGAUGAAGUGUCCGCCUCGCUGGACCGGAUCCGGACUCAGGUGGUGGGUGGGAUCCAAAACCAGCUGGAGGCUGUGACGUCGAAGGGGGAGGCGAUGGUGCACCGCCUGGAGGCGGAGCUUAGCCAACUGACCGACAGGAGGGCCACGCUGGAGGUCCAGGCCGUCAGUCAGGAUCACAUCACCUUCCUACAGAGCUUUGAGGAGGCCACGGCUCCGCUGGAUGAAAAGAAACAUGAUGACGCUGAUGAAGAGGCCGAGUUGUCCCUUCACUUCCACCUGGACGAUGUGAAGAGCAGUCUGUCCGACGUCAAGAUCAAGGUAGACGAAAUCUGGAUGGGAGAGAUCCGCCCGAGGGCCUCCAGAGGUUCUAGAGGCUCCAGAGAUUCCAAAGACUUUCCGCCAGGUGACCUGAUGGCGGCCGAGAGCAUGAUGAGUCUGAGAGGGAGCAAGUCGACUCUGAGGAUGAGUCAGUGGUCUCUGAAAGACAUGAAGAAGAGUAAGCAUGUUACAGGACUGAAGAAAGCCCGGGCCUACAUAGAGGAUGUGACGCUGAACCCGGUGACGGCGUACCCGUUCCUGAUCCUGUCAGAAGACAGGAAGCAGCUGAAGAGAGGAGAGAAGCUGCAGUUUUUCAGAAACAGCCAUCACCGAUUCGACGUCUGGUCUUGUGUCAUCGCCAAGGAAGGGUUUAGCUCUGGGCGUCACUACUGGGAGGUUUCUGUUGGGGAGAACAAGGACUGGAAACUGGGUGUGGUAACUGAGUCGGCCCAGAGGAAAGGCCUGUUUGACAUGAGUCCCACAAACGGAUACUACGCCAUCUGGUGGUGCGGCAGCCAGCUGAGGGCGCUCACUACACCGCCUCUGACCAAGGUGAAAGGUCACCACCCGAAGCUGCGACAGGUGGGCAUCUUCCUGGACGUGGAGGAGGGUCAGGUCUCCUUCUACAACGUCAAGUCAGGAACGGAGAUUUACAGCUUCCACACAAACACAGAGUUCACCGAGAGGAUGUUUCCUCUGCUCGGCACCGGAGACAAGGAGGUUCCUCUGAUCCUGGCCACCGCCCAGCAUCACCCCGCCUGAGGGGAACGGGGCCUGGACCGGGCCUGAGGGGAACCGGGUCUGGACCGGAAUCAGGCUCAGACUUUACGGAGGAGGGAAGGAAGAGGUGGAGCUCCUGCAGAACGUGGAGGUUUUCCGCAGAUGAACCGGACAGGAUCCUCAGAUAGAGGAGCCUUUUCCUCCUUUAAGACGAUCAUGCAAUAAUAUAUUAGAUGUAGUGAUUUAUAAGUUAAAUCAGUGUUUCUCCAUCCUGGUCCUCAGCCCCCCUGCUCUGCAUGUUCUAGAUG